ACUCUUAUCAGCCUGGAGAAAGUUGGUUCACCUAUGAGAACUGCACUCAGCGCUGCUCAUGCAAUAACAAUAAAAACAUCGUUUGUGAGAAUUGGCAGUGCGGAACCCUGGAAAAUUGCAAGAGGCAGGAUGGAGUAUUAGGAUGUCAUUCCUCUGGUAUCACUGCUUGCCACGUGUCUGGAGAUCCUCACUUCUACACAUUUGAUAAAGUCAUGCACAGUUUCAUGGGCACAUGUACAUAUGUUCUGGUGGACAUUUGUGAUAAGAGAAGUGUCAUCCCAUUUACCAUCAAAGGAAAGACGGAGGACCGUGGACAGAGGGCAGCAACAUACUUGAAAGAAGUUUACAUUGAUGUUUAUGAUUUCCGUAUCACCUUGCAGAAGGACAGGAAAACUCUUGUGGAUAACACACGCAUCCAAACACCAUGGUCUGGAAAUGUGAAAGGUAUCAGCAUUGGAAAUGUCGGUCUCUACACUGUUGUGACCACAGACUUUGGAAUGAUUGUGAAGUUUGAUGGAAAUCACCACCUGGAGAUUGUCCUCCCUGAUGCUUACUUUGAAAAGGCAUGUGGUAUGUGCGGUAAUUUCAAUACCCAGACAAAUGAUGAGUUACUGAUGCCAAACGGACUUCUAGCAGCCAAUGUUACCCAGUUUGGAAACAGCUGGAAAUCAGAAGAAGACAGCGACACAAACUGCAUGGAUGAUACACGAGUUGAUCUUGCUCCACCAUGUACGACUGCUACAAGACCAAACAUUCAGAACCAGUGCAAUGUUCUCCUGACAGACACAUUCAAAGCAUGUCAUAAUCUAGUGAGCGCAGACCUGUUUAUUGAGAGCUGUGUAUAUGACAUGUGCAGAUACAAUGGCAUGGUGUCUACCCUGUGUGCUAUUGUCCAAGCCUAUGUUGAUGCCUGUAGAACCCAAGGAGUAAACAUCAAAUGGAGAAGUCCCUCUCUCUGCCCAUUGGCAUGUCCCAAAAACAGUCACUAUACAGACUGUGCGUCCCUAUGUCCAUCUACUUGCACCAACAUCUAUGCUCCAGAUGUCUGCGACAAGCCAACAACCUGUAUGGAAGGCUGCGUCUGCGAUAAUGGCUAUGCUCUAAGCGGUGACCAGUGUGUUCCACUUAAAUCUUGUGGCUGCAGGGAUUCCAAUGAUAAUUACUACAAUAUUGAUGAGAGCUGGAUUACUCCACACUGCACACAGAAAUGUGAGUGCAAGAAGGGCAAUGAAAUCAAAUGUAAAUCAUUCAGCUGUCCACAUGGAGUCUGCAGUGUGAACAAGAAUGGUCAUUACAAUUGCAAACCAACAGGUUUCUCCAAGUGCAACAUUGCUGGUGAUCCGCAUUAUCAUACAUUCGAUGGGUUAAACCAUCACUUCCAGGGGAAGCAGACAUAUAUAUUAGCAAGAACAUCCCCUGCUUUAUCUGAUUACAUGGAGCCAUUUAAAAUCGAAGGCAAAAAUGAAGCCAUGUUUUCCUUUAGCCGGUUCAGUUUGCUCAGGGAGCUGCGUAUUGAAGUUUACAACCACGUUAUAUUAUUCAAACAGAACAAGAUAUUAGUGCUGGAUAGUGUGAGAACAGCGCCCCCCGUACGUCCACAUGAAGGAAUACAUAUUUAUCAGAGGCCAACAAGAAUAUACCUGGAGACUGAUUUUGGUCUUUCUAUCAGCUUUGAUGGCAAAGAAAAUGCAGAAAUUGUCGUGCCAAAUACAUACCAGGAAAUGCUCCAGGGACUGUGUGGAAACUUUGAUGGAAGACGCAACAAUGAUUUUACCACUCCAGAAGGAAGACUUCUGGGUGAUGUAGAAUCAUUCGGCGAAAGUUGGAAUAUCAGGUCACUUACGCCAGCCUCAAGAUUCAGGCGUGACACUUUGGUAGCAUUGCAAGAGGAAGAUAUAAUAUUAAACACAGGAGAUAAUUUUGCCUGCUCUGCUUCUGGCCUAGCAUUUGUGAACAGUUCUUCAUUCUGUGGAGUUAUGAGAGACAUCAAUGGCCCAUUUAAAAACUGUAUCCCAUACGUCUCCCCAGAAGACUUUAUUGUGGACUGCAUAUUCGACACCUGUGCUGAGUUCCAGAGCAGGGAAUUACUCUGUUUGAAUCUUGAACAAUACUCUAUUGCCUGUCAGCAAAAUGAAACGAUAGUUGAUGACUGGAGACAACUCACUGGUUGUGCAAUGACUUGCGGUAGCAACAGUUUAUAUGCAAACCGCAUGAAUGCCUGUCCAGCAUCCUGCAGCAAUAUGGCAUCUGAGUCUGAGUGUGAGGUACCUUCCUGUGAAGGAUGUCAGUGUGAACCAGGCUACGUUCUUAGUGGUUAUGACUGUGUACCAUAUAUUGAUUGUGGAUGCACCUUCGUUGGCAAGUACUACAAGAAAAUGGAAAGCUUCAUCACAAAUGAUUGCUCAAUGAACUGUACUUGCAUAGACACCUCAUCUGUGCUUUGCAAUUUCAUGGAAUGUAAACCCGAAGAGGAAUGCACAACUGCCAAUCAGAUCCGUGGAUGUUAUAUCCCAAGCCCGUGUCUAGAGAAUCCUUGUCAGAAUGGAGGUACCUGUAUGGAGACGCCAGGAGUAGGGAAUGCCACCAGUAUUAAUAGCUGUUUGUGCCCAAGUACUUACACUGGAUUGUACUGCGAGGAUGAAAAGGAAGCAAAUACAGUUGUAAUCUACAUAGUGAUUGGCGUAGUUGUUGGCGUGUUUGUCAUCAGUGUGGUGUUUAUAGUUGUUGCAUAUUUCUACCUCAAAUCCAGAAAGCCAGCUAAGAAGUCUGCUAACCAAAAUAUUUCUGCAUAUACAGGAAGAUACACCUAUAAAUACACAGAUGUAGCAAAUAUUCCAUGUGACUCAGCAUUUUAA